AUGAGCAAACACGAAAACAGUUGGUCUCAAUUCUGUAGCGUCGGCGAAGAUCAACUCCAUCUUCUAACAAAGAAAGUUGUGAUGCCGUAUGAUUACUUCGACUCGUUUGAGCUUUUCAGCGAAACCCGGCUACCUCUAAUUGAUGCUUUUUAUAAUAAAUUAGACGAUAAGGCCUGCCCUCGCAGACUCUAUCUUCAUGCCAAUCUUGUGUGGAAUGAGUUCAAUUGUCGAGACUUGGGUCAGUACGUGGAUCUAUACAUGAUGACUGAUAUUCUCCUUCUCGCAGACGUAUUUGAACAGUUUCGCACCAGCUGCCUCAGAACCUACAAUCUUGACCCUGCACACUAUUACACCCUGCCAGGAUUCACUUGGGAUGCCAUGUUUCUGUUUGUUGAGAAAGGCAUCCGAGGAGGUCUCAGUCAAGUUUGUUCAAAAAGAAGAGCUCAUGCAAACAAUAAAUAUAUUCCUGAUUAUGAUCCUCCGAAAGCCGAUUCCUUCUUGAUGUACUAUGACGUCAAUAACCAAUACGGAUGA